CCGCUGUUCGCUUGUGCGCGUAAAGUGUUGUAAAAAACUACAACGCGGGAGUGUCCACCCCUUACGGAUGCUUCCGGCACAUGAAGUAUAUGUAACUCCGCUACAAACUCGUUGAAGGUUAUUCAUUUUCAUUCCUAAAUCAAACCGUUGGCAAAAUGCCUCACAUUGACAACGACAUCAAGUUGGACUUCAAGGAUGUGCUCCUACGUCCUAAGCGGAGCACCCUCAAAUCAAGGAGUGAGGUCGACCUGAUGAGGAGCUUCACCUUUAGGAAUUCCAAGGGCACUUACAAAGGUAUCCCAAUCAUUGCCGCUAACAUGGACACAGUGGGCACCUUCGAAAUGGCCCUCGCCUUAAACCAAUUCACCCUCUUCACUGCAGUCCAUAAGCAUUACUCAGUGGAUGACUGGCGGGAGUUUGCAGCCAAGCAUCCGGAAUGCCUUGAGAAUGUUGCAGUCAGCACAGGCACCGGUGAGGCCGACUUUGGAAAGAUGGCUGCCAUUUUAGCAGCCGUGCCGCAGCUGCGCUACAUCUGUGUCGACGUGGCCAACGGUUAUUCGGAGCAUUUUGUCCACUUUGUCAAAGAAGUCCGGGGAAAGUUCCCCUCGCACACAAUAAUGGCAGGAAAUGUGGUGACAGGAGAGAUGGUCGAGGAGCUAAUCCUGGCUGGCGCCGACAUCAUCAAAGUGGGCAUCGGACCAGGCUCUGUGUGCACUACCCGUAAGAAGACAGGGGUGGGGUACCCUCAACUUAGCGCAGUAAUUGAGUGUGCGGAUGCAGCCCAUGGACUGAGGGGCCACAUCAUCUCUGAUGGAGGAUGCACUUGCCCAGGAGAUGUCUCUAAGGCUUUCGGUGCAGGAGCCGAUUUUGUGAUGCUGGGUGGCAUGCUGGCCGGCCACACGGAGAGCGGCGGCGAAACCAUCGAGAAAAAUGGCAAAAAGUACAAGAUGUUCUACGGCAUGAGCUCAGAAAUAGCCAUGAAGAAGCAUGCGGGCGGCCUUGCUGAGUACAGAGCAUCUGAGGGCAAGACGGUGGAAGUCCCAUACAAAGGUCCGGUGGACGUUACAAUGCGGGACAUCCUGGGCGGGGUCCGCUCCACCUGCACCUACGUGGGGGCAUCCAAGCUCAAAGAGCUGAGCCGCAGGACAACCUUUAUCAGGGUCACCCAGCAGCUCAACACCGUCUUCGGCAAUGACGCCUGAAACACAUGUUGACAUCUUGAGUCUGCAACACUGCUUUCUGCAUCAUAAUACCGUAUGUGCAUUGAUCCAGGCGCACUGCCGUUUCCCGUGUUAGCAAUAUACUAGUACACUGUAUAUUUCAUUCCAACCUUUUAAAGUCCACUUCCCUUCUUAUCAUAUUUUAUAGAAAGCCGAAAGGUAUAUGCAAGUGUUGCUGCUUAAAACGUUAGGAUGUUACAUUCGUUGCACGCCGUAUUUUAGGGGCCAAUAUCGAUUACAAAAUAUAUGUGAUUUUGAUUUUGACUGUUAAUGUUAGAACAUUGCACUUUGACCUAUACCAAAGUUUGAUAGUGAAAACUUGAUUUUAUCUAGGUUUACUUUCAGGUCAAUGUUGCUUUUAAAAAUAAGUUCUGUCUGCAAAUUUAACCUCAUCACUAAUUGGAUGUGCUACUGUCUUGUUUUAUUUUUUGUUUUUAAAUAAUGCCACAAUGUAGAAUCAUGUUUUUAAAAAUUGUAUAAUACACAGCCUGUCUUAAACAAUACAACAUUCCUCAUGUA